AUGGCCAUAACGGCAAACUGGCGCGUCCCAGAGUUCACAACCCGGAAGUGGGUUGAGGAGAAAGGCAACAAUGGAAUCGAGGCACCCCUGGACCAAGAAGUUAAAUUUUCGAAAAAGAAAGGCAGUUCGGAUGUUCGGGUGACGAGCGGACCACUGAUUAUCGAAUUUGAGCAUCUUUUGCUGCGCGUCAAAAGGAGCCCCCAAGAGGUCGAUAUCGACAUUGACGAUAAUGACCUGGAGGAUUGGGCGGACUAUGCGUAG